AUGGCACACGGCUGGCGCAUCUUUGUCAUAUUCAGUACAGUCACUAUUUACAUCUAUAUCUGGGUCUAUCUAAGAAGAAGACUUGGUUCUAAAGUUGCCGAGACCCGUCAGCCACGAGGGGAUGCCCCAGCAAGCCGUAAAGUCACCUGUCUUCCACUUAAGAACCCGAGGAGAAACGGGUUUCAGGUCACAGGCCACGAAGAAUUUGAACUUGAUCCCUUUGAGCUUGUGCAGCCAAACACAACAGCGACCAAGCCUGCGAUGUUUCCCAAAGAAAGCCAGUCGCCUCCUUCACCUCGGGAGAACACAUUCAAGGAGAUAAACAUGGAAUUUGGAGAAAGAACACAAGCUGGUCCCAGUGAGGCCCAGGGAUUGUCCAUGCGCCAUCGACCGACAGCAUCAAAAUCUGGAGCAGAUUUGCCCAGACUAGAAGUUACUGGCAACCCUAUUGCUGAAGUCUAUACGCCAAGGCAAUCACAAUACAGCCAAAUCAGUGCCCUGCAAACCAACACAAGUGAAUUCCACAUGCGUCCAAGCACCGACCAAGUUGAACUCGAGAUUCAAAGAAUGCUCUUACUUAAUGCAUACCCAUUUAUGUAUGUUCUUCUCUGGGCACCAGGUCUGAUAAAUCGACUUAUGGAAGCUUCUGGAAACCCCAACUCUAAAACAAUCAACGUUGCCCUCCAAGCUCCAACACAGUUUAUCGGACUUGCGAAUGCAUUGACUUAUGGAUUCAAUCAUUAUCUUAGAGACAGGCUGAAUGAUCUAUAUUUCAGACCCGUGAUUGCAAGGAUAAAGGGUCGAAUUGGAUUUUAA